GCGAAGGAGGUGAUGCCAUCUCGGCGGAUAUUUAUGUAAUAGGCGGGAAAAGUUCGGACGGAGACUCGGACAUCUCGCUUCACCUUGGUAAAUUCAACUACAACACCCAUUUACCAUAAAUACGACACCGCCCUAUAUCACAAAUUACAAGCUCUAAUUCAUAGACAUAUAAACGGAAUCAGAUUUAAGAUGGCGGAACAUCCUUCGUUCACUCUUGCGGGCUUGCUCGCCGUGGGCGGAACGGCCGGGUUUAUCCGCACACGCUCGCUGCCGUCGAUUAUCGCGGGAUUGGGGCUGGGUGCUUCUUAUGCUUAUUCCGGCUACCUCCUGAAAAGUAACAAGGACUACGGCGCCGAGCUCGCUCUCGGGAAUAGCGUCCUCCUGUUGGGCUCUGCGGUGCCCCGCGUCAUCAAGACCAAGGCCCGGGCCCCGGUGCCACUGGGGCUUCUCGUCGCUGGAGCGCUUGCCACGUUUUACUACCAGAAGAAGUUCCGGGAGUUCCGGUUCGGCGUGUGAGUUGUCGUUCGGAUGGCCAGGUAUCCGGGCUCAGCCUCGCUAGGAAGUAGUGGUUCUACCUACUUAUGUCUUAAAAUGUGGGCGGUACAUCGAACGACGAUGAGUGUUGAUGACAAGAAAAAAAGGUGAUUGGGAUUCUGAUCUGGAAUC